AGUCGUCGCCCAUCACAGUGCGAUCAGAGGUUGACAGCAGCAUCGCUGUCGGCGCCAUCAGCCGGUCGGAAGGGAUCCCGCUGUCGACGUCAGUCACGUAGAAUCCUACACGUCUCAGUACACACAAGGACACAUACGUGUUCCUUUGGAAGAUACCUUCCCACCCAUCACUUUUUCGCAAGCACAGAUUUCCUCGCCCUUUCCGAACUGAACUUCAGAUAGAUAGAUAUUCUGGAGCAGAGCUAUCAAAACCUUCUGCAGCAGUCAUAUUUUUCUUUGGUUGAGUAUUAAAAUACAACAAUACACUGCAAAAGAUGAUGGUUCGUUUCUCUAUGGUUUUGGUGGCGGUUGCCACCAUCCUUUCCCCUGCUUCUGCCUUCAGCCCAUCACUUGGUGUUGGUCAAAGCACUUUCCGAGCAAGUGCCCAGUCCACCACUGCUGCUCGCUCUGGCAGCACAUCCAGCACCACUUUGUCCAUGUCUGCUGACUUGAAGGGAAAGGUUGCAUUCAUUGCUGGAGUUGCUGAUUCCACUGGAUACGGAUGGGCCAUUGCCAAGGCUCUUGCCGAUGCCGGGGCCACUAUCAUCGUUGGAACUUGGCCACCGGUGUUGAAGAUUUUCCAAGCGGGUCUCCGAAAGGGAAGCUUUGCCGAAGACUCCGUCUUGUCCGAUGGAUCCAAAAUGGAAAUUGACAAGGUCUACCCUCUCGAUGCUGUCUUUGAUGAACCCGAUGAUGUCCCUGAUGAAAUCAAGAAUAACAAGAGAUACGCUGGACUCGAUGGAUACACCAUUAGCGAAGUUGCCAAGGCCGUCGAAGCCGACUACGGAAAAAUUGAUAUCCUUGUUCACUCUCUGGCCAAUGGACCUGAAGUCGUCAAGCCUCUUUUGGAAACCAGCCGAAAGGGAUACUUGGCCGCAUCCUCUGCUUCUGCCUACUCCGCUGUUUCUCUUUUGCAAAAAUUCGGACCCAUCAUGAACGAAGGAGGAGCCAUGCUUUCCUUGACAUACAUUGCCUCUGAAAAGGUCAUUCCAGGAUACGGAGGUGGUAUGUCUUCCGCCAAGGCCCAACUAGAGAGUGACACACGAACACUUGCCUUUGAAGCUGGACGCAAGUGGGGAGUCCGUGUCAACACCAUCAGUGCUGGACCACUCAAGUCCCGUGCCGCCUCUGCCAUUGGAAAAGAGCCCGGUGCCAAGACUUUCAUCGAAUUGGCCAUUGACUACUCCAACGCCAAUGCUCCUCUUGCCCAGGACUUGUACAGUGAUGAUGUUGGAAACUCCGCUCUGUUCUUGACAUCCCCCAUGGCCCGUACCGUCACUGGUGUCACACUUUACGUCGACAAUGGACUCCACGCCAUGGGAAUGGCUCUUGAUGCCAGGUCCAUGGAACAAGAGGUUCCGGCCGAGGCCUAAGCAACUAGCUAGCUUACCGGUGGGGAACAGUGAACCACCAAUGACGAGUUGAUGAUGCAUCGAUCCAGCAGAAGAUACAACAGAUUAAGCCAUACCAGCUGGUUGGAGCAUGCUCAAACAAUCAACACUGUGUAAUAAGCACCUCAUUCUCCAUCCGUU